AUGGCAUUGCCACCCAACGAGUCUCGGUCUCUUUCCUCUUACCUCGACUUCGACGAUGAUGUGGACUAUGGUAGUGAUACCAGUGUCCAUGGAGAUGACGGGAUAUCAUCCCACUCCGCUGUAACUGAGGCUCAUCCUCAUACAGCAUCGAUUCCGUUCGUUGAACGUGAUGAGAACAUCAUCACGAACCCGCUCGACGAGCAACAGCAGCUGAUCCGUCAGCGUGAGGAGCGUGCUCUACGUCGCCCUCAUACCCAGGCGGUUAUUCGAAACCGGAGUGGUUACGUGUUCUCAACACCAGGCGUGGAGCAACGCCUCCGUCAAACGGAAGGCCGUAGCCUUUCAACAUGGGCCACUGGCCCCGAGGCUACGUCGCCAGAAGAUAUCGCCUUUCGCAAGGCUCUAAAUGAGAGGUAUCUCGAUCCAGCCUUUACCACGCAAGGUCAGUACCUUGCACACCUUGAGAGUCUUUCUCGUGGUGUUUCGGUUCGACCGAUAAAGGGCGUGCCCAUCUUGUUGUUCGUUGGCGAACUGCCCGAGGAGGAGGACAAUGAGUUCAUCCGUUGGGUGUACCGCAAGCGGCAUCUUAGCAGUGUGCCAACGCUGCGGGCCAGCGCCGAUGUGGCUGACGUUCGUCUGGAACGGAAGCUCCGCUUCGAGUAUGCCAAGCUCAAGGCCAGAGGCUAG